AUGUCGUUUGUUGCGGGCGCAUCGGUGAAGCAGGCGGGAGAAAACGCCGAAAGAGUUCAAGAGGUACCCCGCGGAAGCGUUCCCGGUGUAAUCGAGGAUGGUGACAGGCGUGAGGCAGGCGGAAAAAGCGCUGAGACUGCCAAAAAACUUGGGUCGUCUUUUUCUAAUUUGUUCAGCGUCGAUUCUCUAGCCGUUUAUGGAGAUUCGAGCUCGUCCUCCGUCAUCAAGGCGUUUUUUGCGGAUCCCCCAUCUGUGGCGACGAUUGUGUCUCAGGGGUUGGAUGCGGUGAUACAGCCGUUUUUUCAAGCGGUUUUGCCCUUGCCGCACGAGGGCAAUUCUCCGCGCUUGGGGGAGGCCUCUCCACCUGAAAAGGACAAGUCAGAGAAGCUGUCAAACAGAGGGUUGCCACCUUUUCCCAUCAUUCAAUCCACGGAUCUGGGAGGUUCGAGCUUGCGGAGUCCCUUUUCCUCUUCAGGUAGUGGUACAAGUGACCUCUUCUCUCGUCUUUCCUCUAUUCUUUUUGAGCACCCGCAGGUUCUGCUUCUUCUUGCAGGUCACCUCCUUCUGUUUGCUUUCGUUUUCCUGUCGAGGUGUCACCAGGGCGCCCAGCUUUUCCUGCUGUUUUUCUUGUCCGUCCUUCUCUUCUGUUCCAAAGACGUCAGCGAAGUCUGCGUGCGGCUUCUCUACAACUACCCUGAGAGCUUUGCAUUUUGUCGAUUUCUUUCGCUCGAUACCGAAGACGGCCACAACGUUUUAUUUCUUUUCUGGUGCGUUCCUCUGCUGGCGUGCCUCGGGACGCUCUCCGGACUGCUCGUCUGGGACUUGGUGACCUCGCUGCUGCUGCUGACCACGUGGAAAAAGAAGCUGGCUCUCCAAAAGUGUCAGCGGAAAGGAGCACAGACAUCGGAGAAAGCCGACCAAGCGACUUUUGCAAGCUCUGCUGGACAUGGCAGCGAGAGAGCAAUACGCGCCCGGCUUCCGGCGACGACGAAGUAA